AUGCCCAUACAGACACAUCCCCGCCUCGAGCCUAAGACUAUCCCUCGCGCCCAGCCCCGCAAGCUGUACCCUCCCCCCGCUCUUUCCGGCGUCCAGCAGCGCCUGCGUGACCGCCUCCGUGUUGCGCGGCGAGAUCGAGAUCUCGAACCCGUCCUCGCCCGUGUACCCGCCGCGCGCGAUAUGCAGCUCCUCCACGUUGUCCGCGCCCAGCGGGACAGCGACGGUAGUCGCAUACCCAAAGUACAGCGUGCUGAGGUCGAGCUUCCCGCGUGCGGGGGUGGAGUCGAGGUAUUCCUGGAGGAUAUCCUUUGCGAGCGGGCCCUGCAGGGCGAUGAGGCCUUGGUUGUGCAGGACGGUGUGGCGCACGGCGGCGCCGGUGCUGCUGUGGGUGGCGUUGAAGUGCGUGAGGUGGUGGGUGAAGUAUGCUGUGUCUUUGGCCUUGCAGGCGGCGUUGGUAACGACGUAGAAGGAGGAGGGGUUCUCGAGGGUGAUGAUGAGGUCGUCGACGAUGCCGCCGGUGACGGGGUGCAGGAGGACUGA